UGUAAAAUUACUUUUUUGUCAAGAUCAAAAUGGAGGAGGACGAUUUUGAGUACGAUAUUACUUUUCCAACAUCAAGAAAUGGAAAUCUUGAUGACGCUGCAGGACCUGUGGAUGAUUUCGAGGAAUUCGAUGAUCUCAGAUUUGACGAUGAAUCGAAAGAACCCGAAACAGUCGUAUAUUUACUGGGUUGGGCUGGUUGCAAAGACAAAUACCUUGCAAAAUACAGUACAUUUUAUGAAAAAAAAGGAUGCAUCACUAUUAGAUACACAGCACCAACAGACAUAACUUAUUUCAAACCUGUAGAACUACGUAAUAUAGCUGUCAAAUUAUUGGAUCUUGUACCAGAUUACAACUUAGAAGAAAGCCCAGUGUUUUUCCAUGUGUUCAGCAAUAAUGGCUGCUUUGUUUACUCCCAGAUAUCUGAUAUCCUUUGUUCCGGUGAAUACGAAAGAUUCAACAAUUUGCAAAUAAGGGGAUGUGUAUUAGAUAGUGCACCAGGAAAAAGGAGAAUUACAAGAGCUGCCUAUGCUUUUGCUUUGGCAAGUGGAAAAACAGGACUCUUUCUACACACUACUUACAUAUAUAUAUUAGUAUAUCUCUUCCUAACUGCUAUUAAAACAAUGAUAUGUUCCACAUACUACGGAAAAAAUUAUGCAGGGACUCCACAUACUCUUUACGGAAGGAUGAAAGAUGACAAAUCUAGAUGGCCACAACUUUUCCUGUAUUCUAAAGUUGAUAAAGUCAUUCCUUACACUGAUUCUGAAGAAGUUAUGAAGUACAGAUCAGAAGUGUUGAAAGUUUCAGUCGAGUCACAGUGUUGGGACGAUUCAAAUCAUUGUCAACACUUAGUGAAAUACAGAGAGAGCUAUAUUGCCAACUGUUACAGUUUUAUAGACAAAUAUAGAUGAUAGAUUAGCCUGUUCUUAACAUGCUAGAUUUACCUACAAAAGAGUUAUUCAUGCAUUUAUUUUUUAUUUUAAUUUAGUUUAUAUCUGACACACAUUUGCAAUUGUUCAUCAUUUUUAAAAAGAUAAUCUGCAACAUAAAUGUACCACCCAUAAACAAAAAGUUUAAUUUGAAGCUUACUAUUGAGUAUUUGAGGAGUUUCUCUUAAAAAUUAUAGUUGAUUUUUUCCCUGUAUUAUCAUGAUUAUUGGUUUGUUGUUUUACAGUAUAAAAAUUCAUGAUAUUCAUGAUAUUAUUGAUGAUAGAUGACAAAUCUAAAAAAUAUUGUUUAAAAAUUCAAAGCUAGAUGCAAACCAUAGCUCUGCUUAUUUUAUAAUCUGUAACAAUUGUUUCUGAUACCCAAUGCAAGAAAAGAUGGUUUCUAUCUUAAUCCAAAACAUUUUUUUUGUUUCAAGUUCAAAUAUAUGUUAUGCAGGUUUUGUUUAUACAUGUAAUACAUGUAGCAGUUUCAUUUCAUUUGAUUAUACAAUGUAUUAUUUAAUAAACAUGAUAAAAAAAAUAUCAUUAUGUAUAAAUGUACAUGUAGGUGCUAAAAAAAUUGCAUUAGAAAUACUACUCAUGUACAUGUUAAGCAUAUUUUAUACAGCACCAUUUAAAACAACAUUGUAUAUUAUGCUAAUUGUGUUUCAUUCAAAAACCAGCAUUGAAUAUGAAACCAUUUACUAAUAACAAACUAAAGUUUGUAAAAUGUACAAGUAAGCACUGAUAAUAUAUCUUUCUUUAGAUUUGAUGAUGAUAAAAUAGCUACAUGUAAAUUUAGGAGAUCUAUGCAAGCUCCAGUGUUGGUUACUCACUUAGUAAGAUGGUUCCAUGAAUCCUUGUUACGUCAUGAAAAUUAGACUAGUCAAAAUCUCCAACAUAGAUAAAUACCAAUUCAAGCUACUUUGUUGUCUUAAACUCUCCAUUUUGUUUUGACCAGAAGAUUUAAAUGGUAAUUUUAAAUGUAUAAAGUCUUUAAACAUUUGUUAAAUAUGUUCAUAUUAAAGUUUUUCCAGAACUUUGGACUCGCCAUGGACAUAAAGGAUGAGUUUUAGCAAAAUUGGGAUCAUUUGAAUUGUUAUUAAUGAGAAGCUUGUCUCUUAACUGCUUUCCAGUAUUUUAUUUUACAAUCAUAGUAUUAUAUUUUCUAGUGUGUUGAGAGCAUUUCAGUUUUUUAUGUUACUUGUAGUGCUUGGAUUUAUUUUUGCAUUUUCAUAUAAAUUGUUUUGAGGCUUGUGAAUAUAUUUUUCAAAGUAUUUAUGUUUACUGUUAGCUUGUUAUUGUUUUAAUUACAGGGCUUAUAGCCGUUUUUACUUUAUUUAUAUAUAUAUGCAUAUUAUCUUGUGUUUACACAUUAUGUCAUUUCAUGUUAAGUAUUUUCUGCUUUAUAUUUCAAUUUGUUGCAGAAUCACUUUAGCUUUAAUUUGGUAGAUUAAAUCUGCAUUUAUAACUAUAUAAAAUUUUUAUUUGACAUUCAUACAAUAUAUAUAUAUAAGUCACUCAAGAUGGAAAAUUCCCAACAAGCAGCUUAUUUAUUGUUGUUGUAGCUGAUAGAUUCAUUGACACAUUUGUAAAUUGCCAACACUCUAUAGCAAUGUACAAUUUAUUUUCUUUCUCCACAAACAUAAAGUUACUCUCCACAAUAGUUUGAUAACCCUUGUUACCUGUAGUUUGAUUGACUUAUCCAGGAUGAUGAAAAUAUAUUUUUGCAGCAUUUCCAUUAGCUAUUAGUUAGGCAUUUGUAAAAUAAGUGAGAUGGUUGAGUGAUGUUUAUUUGUUUCUUUAUUAUUUCUGAUUAGUAAAUUAAACUAUGUCAUACAAGUACUUUCAUGAUUUGGUGUAUUAUAUAAUUUCAUCAGAAUAGGUUAAUAUGGUCUUCCUGCCAGGUUUGGUUAACUUUUCUUCCAUCACUACAUUUCCCUAACACUUGCAAUAUGUAAUUGUUAAAUUUUUCGAUGACAUAAUUAAGAUCACUGCACACAAAAAAAUCUUUUGGCAAAUCACCAUCAGAGCAAAAUUAAUGUUUUGAUAGCAGUACAUUUCUGAAGAUUUGGAUAAUAUAGAAUAAUUUUCUUUUUAAAUGUACAUGUGUUUUAUAGUAAAACUAAGCCAUUAAAAAAUAUAAAACCUAUUCAUCUUUUUUGUUAGAUUUGAAGGAGUUUAAUAGUGUAUCAAAGUACUUUAAUUUCCACAUCCUAUUAUGCUAUCUAGAAGAUGAAUCAAGUAGGGACUUCCUUGGUUGGUAGAUAUAAAAUUGUCAUAAGGGUAAAUAAAGACUUUUUACAGAUAUGAAAAGUGAAUAACUUAUGUCAUGAUUUUCCUACAAAUAAUUGAGUUUUCCCUGUUCAUGAAAUAUAAAAUCCUAUUUUUCUUCAUAUAUCAGUAUUUUAAGAAAUAUCUCUAUGACAAAAACUUAUAAACCUUUGAUUGUUUUGUUUUUUUCCCUCUUCAAAAGAUACUAGGUUCAUAUUGCACACCUUUUAAAAAUAGUCACAGUAUCGCAUUUUGUUUCUAGAGAAAAUAUAACUUUCUAAAUAUCAAACUGUCUUGAGGGUAGUCACAUGCAAAAACAAAAUUUAUUUGUAGUUAUUUUCAACGUACAUACACAUUAAAAAUGCACAAUGAUUUACUUAUCCUUUUUUUACCAUUACAUAUAACAGUAUGUAAUAACAUUCCUAAAAAAAAUACACAUUGAGACAAAAAUAACAAUGUAUAAGUAUACCACAUGAAAUGUUAGAGAUAAAUAUGAAAUUUGUUAUUUGUAUAUAUAUAUUGCUUACAAAUUUAUUUAAUAAAGUUUUAUCUUAAGAUUUCAA